CGGAGCCACAGCUGCAGAUGUUGACUGCUGCUGUUGGACGAGCUUAAGUUGCACAAACCUAAAGUAGCGUUCAUGUGUCACUGCCUGCUCCACUGGAGGAAAAAAGACGACACAACACAGAUCAUCCCAGUGGAGAAGCACUCCUCGAUUCAACCAAUGACUGUUUGAGGAAAAGUAUUCGCCCUCCAGUGACACUCCCACCUCCCUUUCGCUGCCUGGUCCACACCCCUCUCUUCAUCUAUGCCAGUCCAGUUCCGUCCUUUUUAACCUACUCUCUCUUUCUGGUGCGGACAAUACUCACCCCUCCCUCAUAACAUCCCUGGAAGCUGCUCUGAAGGAUUUUUAGCCUUCAGCCUAAAGUCAGAAUGGUUGCAGAGGCGGACUCCGUGUCUCAGGGCAGUGGUGUGCGGCUGAAGCAGGAGAUCUCCCUCCUGCACGGUGUCUGUCUCAUCGUGGGAAAUAUGAUUGGCUCUGGCAUCUUUGUUUCACCAAAGGGCGUUCUCAAGUACACUGGUUCAUUUGGCCUGUCCCUCAUAGUCUGGGCCAUUGGUGGGAUAUUUUCUGUGAUUGGGGCAUUGUGCUACGCUGAACUGGGCACCACCAUCCGUAAAUCUGGAGCCUCCUACGCCUAUAUCCUGGAAGCCUUUGGAGGUUUUUUGGCUUUUAUUCGACUGUGGACAUCAUUGCUGAUUGUGGAGCCGGCUUGUCAGGCAGUGAUAGCCUUGACCUUCUCCAGCUAUCUGGUUCAGCCCUUCUACCCAACCUGUUUAGCCCCCUACAAUGCCGUCCGCCUCAUCGCUGCUGCCAUCAUAUGUUUGCUGACUUGUGUGAAUUGUAUGAAAGUGAAAUGGGGGGCUAUUCUUCAGGUCAUCUCCACUGUAGCCAAGGUUCUAGCCCUCAUCGUUAUCAUCAUUACCGGCAUGGUGAAGCUUGCACAAGGUUUUGAUCAAAACUUUGAGGACUCAUUCAGAGGCUCCAAAGUGAACCCUGGUGACAUGGCUUUGGCCCUCUAUUCAGCACUCUACUCCUACUCUGGCUGGGACACACUCAACUUCAUCACAGAGGAGAUCAAGGACCCUGAGAGGAAUCUGCCCUUGUCCAUCGCCAUUUCCAUGCCUAUUGUCACAGUGAUCUACAUCUUGACCAACAUAGCUUACUACGUCGUCAUGGAUGCAGACAAAGUGCUCAGCAGUGAAGCUGUCGCUGUGACCUUUGCUGAUGAGGUGCUGGGCUGGGCUCGCUGGCUGAUCCCUCUGGCUGUGGCCAUUUCCUGCUACGGAGGCCUCAACUCCUCCAUCAUCGCUGCCUCCAGGUUGUUUUUUGUUGGUUCCAGAGAACGCCACCUGCCUAAUGUCCUGUGCAUGAUCCACAUUCAGCGUUUUACUCCAAUUCCAGCUCUGCUUUUUAAUGGUGCCAUGUCGCUGCUCUACCUGACCGUGCCCGACGUCUUCCAGUUGAUCAACUACUUCAGUUUUAACUACUGGUUGUUCAUCGGCCUGUCAAUCGCAGCCCAGAUCUACCUUCGAUUCAAAGCUCCAGACUUGCACCGACCUAUUAAGCUGUCUUUGUUCUUCCCAAUCGUCUUUUGCUUGUGCAGCGUAUUCCUGGUGGUGGUGCCCCUCUACAGCGACACCAUCAACUCUCUGGUGGGAAUAGCUGUGGCGCUGUCUGGUGUACCAGUCUACUUCAUUUGCAUCCACCUGCCACCCACUUCCAGACCAGCUUUCUUUGGCAGAGUAAUUGAUAAGAUCUCUCUAUACACCCAGAAAAUUUGCAUGUGUUGUGUGGCCUCACCUGAUAUCGAUCUGGACAACAUCGACCCUGAAAAGAUGGAGUGACCAAGCAACAAAGGACUCUAUGAAGUACUGUAUGGAGGGAUGUAUGAGAAAGAAUGAACAGAUGAAUUGAGCUGUGAGCUGCAGACAAUCAAGAGUUGGAUAAAUGAGGCUUGAUUUAUUCAAAGAAAAAAGAAAAUUGAGAGAUGAGCUCAACGCCCCUCUCCUCCUCCUCCGCCUCCUCCUCUCAUACAUGAGCCAUAUGAAUAAAGGAGCAGGAUUUUACUUAGAUUUUGUACACAAUAAUCUGUCCAACAGACAACACUCUACAGAUAAUCUUGGUGGACCUACUGCACAUUCACAUUUUGAACACAGUACAGUAUUGGUAGUGUGAUUUCCUUCCACACAUGCUCACACAUUGCAUCUCACACACACACACACACACACACACACACACACACACGCACAUAAGCUGACCGAAAGCCUUAGAGGUGACACUACAACAUGUGGAAGCUAACAACCUGGUCCAGAAGGAGUUGACUCAGUAGAGAUCUCUGAAGUGUUUUCAUCACUUAGAGAGAAGUGAUUAACUGUUAAAAUAUGUUCUUUACAUAUAACAAACAUAAAUAUGUUGCAUCAUGUCUCUUAUGUUAAACGUACGAGUUACUGUAGCUCAUGUGAAUGUGUACAGAAUGGGCACAGAUGUGCAAAAACCAGUGGUACCCGACCUUUUUAGAUUGUGACCGUUUAAAGUGAAGCGAAGUCAGAGAAAUGCUAAUUUGUCUUUCUUAUAUAUAUCAUUGAUAUUUUUAAUAAUAACGGUGUAUAAAAUGACAACAGGUAAUAUGAGAGGCGUCAUUCAUUGAGUGAUGAACCUACAGAAAGUUAUCAGUGACUCUGCAGCUUUAUAGCAAGUUUCAGCUCACUGUUUAGCUGUGCAGCUGAAACUUUACUGUUUUGGUUCAUAUUCUGUGUACUCAAAGCUGAUUUCAUAAAACAGUCUCCAAAACCCAAAUGUGCGCUUCCUGCUCAGCACCAAACGGACACAGAACAGACAAUUAGCAACUAGGUGGUGAACAUAUUAGAACAUUUAGCAGCUAAUGAGCCAGAUAUCUCCAAAAACUGCUAAAGUAGAGUAAAUAUGGUACUCACAUUCAGGUGGACACAAACACGACUCCAAAUGAAUAACAAUGCUGCUCCGUAACCGCUGAAUGUGUAAAUAGGCAAAUAUUUCUUCGUAAAUUGACGAAGUUGGCAAACUUAAAAGGUGACGAUUGUGUUCACAACUUGUGUCUGCUGCCCCCAAGUGGCCAAUCAGUUGAUACACGUUUAAAAUUAUAUGAAAUUAAUCCAAAAAUUCUUUGCGUUUUCCUCCUUUUCAGCUCUGUUUACUCGUGACCCCCUCAGAUUUAACUUUGGUCCUAUUAGGGGCCUCUCAACCCCCAGAUUGGGAACCACUGGUUUAAACAAAGGCUGAAAGGCGCAGACCUCAAGAUUUCUCACUACCUUUUUGUGUAAAGGUUUUGAGGAGUCAGACAGUGUAUGGUACUCAUUAGUGUACUACAGGUAGUUUUUUUUAAGAGUUAAGACAUGUGAGUGUCUGACAAUGUCCAACGUCUUGGACUUGUUGACAAAACCUCCACAGACAGCAACAGUUUUGCACAUCUGGCAUCUUCUGUUUCAUUGUACAACAACCUCUUUGGUUACGGAAAGCUUUAUUGUUGCCAAACUUUUUAAACUCUGAAGGACCAAAAGGACACACGGAGGGUUUUUUGUAAUGACGAUCUUGAGAGAUUAUUAACAAAAGUGCAAAGUAAGAAACGUUAAUCUGAGGUUAUUGUGAUGUGUCAUUUGAGGGUGAAUAUUCCUCGCCAUGUGUUUCCUGCUUUUGUUCCAUCCACAUUAUGCAAAGUGCCACUUUUUUUUUGUCUUUGAGCCUUUUGAUUGCAUUUUCAGGGCUUUUUUUGUUGGAUUUCUGGUGCCUCCUGGUGGUAGCUAGUAUUUACAUCCACAGACAAUCUAUACAUUUUCACCCCAUGUGAAGUUCAAGACUCUUUUUUUCAUCUUGUAUGUUUUUUAAAAAUGUUGUUAGUGUCAUCUUCUCACCUCGUUUUCUCAUUUCAGCAAUUUACACACACACUGGUGAGAGGGAUGUUACUCAAGUCUUACAGAUAUAAAAAAAACAAAAAACAGUUUUUAAAAGUUUAAACACCUAUGUGCUGUUGUGAUUGUUCCUAGAUUCAGCAAAUGUAACUUAUCCCCUCCUCUGGGUUUUGUUUUCCUCCAGAAUGGGGUCCAAGUAGAAGCAAACCUCAAGAUCAACCAUGCUGAUGUUCAAACGUUGCUGAUAUUUAUUAUCUUAUCUCUUGUCUUAAGAAUCACAGGUACGAUGUUUGAUGUGACGUUGCCUUUUGAAUACACCGCCAACUUGGACCAUUUAUUCACACAGCACAACCAAAAGUCUUAAUCAGGCUGGGAGUUGGUCCAUGAUUCUGCUCACAGUGUGCUGUGAGAAGUGAAAAUGACAGCUGUAAAAUGUUGAGCUACAGGUAGAUUAAUGAAAACAUUUGCAGUUCAUUCAGCCUAAAGGUCAUAGGUCAGUCUUUGAGAUUAAACUUUGGUGUUUGAGUGUACUGUAGUCUAUCUGAGCUGUAUGUGCCUUCUGUGAGCAUGGUCUACCAAAAGGCCCUGUCUAUUUUUGAUAUUGUAAUGUAGCUUUUAUGUACGUUGUCUGAGCACAAUCGUAUUGACUCAUUACUGUAGCUUGCCAAACGUUAUUCUGGGGGUCUUUUUAUUAGUAGUAGUUUCACCAGCAACAUAUUGUAGUUAACUGUCAGCUGGAUAUAAUCGGGCCUUAGUGUCUUGACAUGAGAAUGUCCAUGCCAGAACAACAGAAGCACACAAAUAUUCUUGUUUUUUUUUGUACUACGUUUCUUUCUCUGGGCUCAACUAGUGUGUGUUUGUACAAAUAAAACCUCUGUUUAUCUGCAGUAGCAAGAAAUGUUUUCAUUGUUGCUCCACAUGUUGUCAUGUUAUGAACUGUACUCUUAUUAAACAACAUGGGACCUGAAUGUUGCAGUAUAAUGUAUAUUUCUGUGUCUCAUCGGGUACCAAAUGUGUAUUUGUGUGAUAAGAGCUUGCUUUGUUCACUGUUUUUAUUUAUUGUAUUUUGAACGUUGGACAAACCAACCGGCAAGAUUUUUCAGCACAGGAAAGUCUUGUUUGGCCAGACUUGAGGCAGGUGUGUGUGCUCUGUGUGUGUUUUUAUUUGAAUAAAGGCGAGUUCAGAUUAUG